UGUUUUAUAUUGCUGGCUUAGUUUGCUUAACAAAAAUGAUACGGGCAAGUUUGGGCAUUAUUUUUUUGCUGACCGUCGAGGGCUUAAAUUUUGGCUUCAACCAGUACACAAUCUCCAUUGUGUCCUUUGGUCAGUCAAACGAAACUGGGGUUUGGGAUAUUAGCACUAUUCGUUUGAUCGGCCGUGAGCGGUUGGUAAACGGAACAGUCACACUACACGAAGACAUGGAUAAUUCGCACUGGAGUUAUUCGAUGGACAUGUAUUUCGAUGCCGACCGCAAUGGCAACUACAAGCUGCUGCCCUUCAACGUUCCAAAGAUGCCUGUAUGCGAGGCGUACAAGAACUAUCGAAAGUACUUCGCGAAACAUGCGAAAGUCGGAAAGCAAACCGAUUUUCCAUUCGACAUGGAUGUCUGUCCCAUUCCAAAGGGCACUUACUUUAUGAAAGGCAUUGCUCUGAACACCGAUGAUUUUCCACCGAUGGUGCAGAGGGGCUAUGCCCGGGGCGAUGGAGCUUUUUACUACGAUGACGUCCACGUUGGAAACUAUACCCUCACGGUGCUUUUGGAGGAUAAGCAGUGAAGCAAAAAACUUUUUAAGCUUUCAAUAAUUCGGUUUAAAUAUAAUCAGCAUCAUUGUGACCUUUGGUCAGAUGAAUGAAACUGGAGUAUGGGAUGUCAGCACGUUGCGAUUGAACGAAUAUAUGUUUUAUAAAUUUUUUAAAAUUUAAAAAUGGUUC